CGUUGGUGGUCGGACGAUCACAGUCACGAUGAACUCGUGUCCUAGACGAUUUAGCUACUACAUGUCAUGCUGUCAGUAGCGACUGGAAAAGGAUCAGUUGUGUUGAGAAGCCUUGUUCCUUGUUCGCCUCCUUGAUCUUGCUCCGUCAGUUAGAGGGAUUUUGAAGCGGACCAUACAAAAAGACAGACACACAAGAGUAUGCCCAAGACUUACCUACAGAUGUGGAUUAUCCUGGUCACACACUGUUAGUCCCAAGCCAUCUGGAGGCGUUCAUCCAUGCUACAUAGAAGACAUGACCUUCUGAUGAAGAUGGGGAGUGAGCAAGUGAAGAUGAGGAUGAUGAAGGAUUUGAUGGCGGAGAUGGUGUGGAGGCUGAGACGACGAGGGCCCUCAAGCUAAAGAAAGAAGAUGAGAGCUGUACCUGUGCAGAUGCACCUAUUGCACAAGGCUGGAUGGUUGGAGUUGACACACUGCCUAGCAACAAGGCAAAGCCAAGGACUGCUUGUGGUACUGAGUCCCCUCCCUGUGUUCAUCUCAAGCUCUGUACCAAGAUAAAGCCAUCUCCAUCUUCGCCUUCGUCUGUGCCUCACGACCCUCUUCGGGAGACCUCCACCCCGUCGACCGCUCCUUCAGAGCAGAACACCGGGCGCAGAGCCCCGCUCCCCACCGCCUCAAUGAAGGAGCCCGACGCGAUAAAGCUGUUCAUCGGGCAGAUCCCCCGGAACCUGGAGGAAAAGGACCUGAAGCCCAUUUUUGAACAGUUCGGGAAGAUCUAUGAGCUUACAGUGAUAAAGGACAAGUACACGGGCAUGCAUAAAGGAUGUGCUUUCCUCACGUACUGUGCCCGCGAGUCGGCUCUGAAGGCCCAGAAUGCAUUGCACGAGCAGAAGACGUUACCAGGGAUGAACCGGCCCAUCCAGGUGAAGCCUGCAGACAGUGAGGGGAGAGGAGAAGACAGGAAGUUGUUUGUUGGGAUGCUGGGCAAGCAGCAGUCGGACGCCGACGUCAGGAAGAUGUUCGAGGCGUUCGGCAGCAUCGAGGAGUGCACUGUACUCCGGGGGCCUGAUGGCACCAGCAAAGGCUGUGCCUUUGUGAAGUACCAGAGCAAUGCUGAAGCCCAGGCUGCCAUCAGUGCAUUGCAUGGAAGCCGCACUCUACCGGGCGCCUCGUCGAGCCUGGUGGUGAAGUUUGCCGACACGGAGAAGGAGCGCGGCAUCCGCCGCAUGCAGCAGGUGGCCUCCCAGCUGGGCGUCAUCAGUCCCAUGAGCCUCCACCUGGGCGCCUACAACGCCUACACACAGGCUGUGAGUAGCAACGCCUACACGCAGGCCUUGGUCCAGCAGCAAGCUCUGGUCGCCCAGUCGGCGUACUUGUCUCCCGUAGCAACAGUCGCCGCCGUGCAGAUGCAGCAGCUGGCGGCGCUCAAUCCCAGCAGCAUCAUUUCAAUCCCAGCAGCCACGCAGAUAGCCACCCCCAUCGCGUCAAUCACCCCCUCCUCAGGUAACACGGCAGGCUGGCCGAGGUCUGCAGACGUGUUUGAUUGUACCAGCACCCCCCCGACCCUCGCCGCCACGCCAGUCUCUGCCUUGCCUCCACCAAUCGCGUUGAACAGCUACCCCCCUGUGCCAGCGCCGCCCAACGGGCAGUCGGCCUCCGAGUCGCUCUACACCAACGGCGUGCAUCCUUACCAAGCUCAGAGCCCGGCACUGGACCCCCUCCAGCAGGCCUACACUGGCAUGCAGCACUACACUGCCACCUACCCCGCUGCAUACGGAUUGGUCGGACAGCCGUUCCCCCACCAGCCAGCCCUCGUCGCCCAGCAACCGCAGCAGCAGCAGCAAUUGCAGCAGCGUGAGGGUCCUGAGGGCUGUAACAUCUUCAUCUAUCACCUGCCUCAGGAGUUCACCGACUCCGAGAUGCUGCAGAUGUUCCUGCCCUUCGGCAAUGUCAUCUCGGCCAAGGUGUUCGUCGACCGUGCCACCAACCAGAGCAAGUGCUUUGGCUUUGUGAGUUUCGACAACCCAGCCAGCGCCCAGGCCGCCAUCCAGUCCAUGAAUGGCUUCCAGAUCGGCAUGAAGAGGCUCAAGGUGCAGCUCAAGCGGCCCAAAGACGCCAACCGGCCCUACUGAGUGUGACGGACACAGCGAGAAGGAGGGGAAGAGAGUGAGAGAGGAGGAACAGGACCAAAUGUGUGAAGUGUGGAGGUCUGUGUCUCUUUUGCCGUUUUAAAAACAUGGGACCAACUGCUCAGCAAACCAAACCCCAUCUAGCUUCAUGCAUAGGACUAGAAAAAACUCAAAACCGUUCAGAAUCCAUGCAGCUGAAGAACACAGGACCAACUCACUACCCUUAAAGCGUAAUGUCAAAAAAUAAACAUUUAAAAAAAAAUGAAAACAAA